AUGCUGGCGGCGGUGCUGGCGGCGGCGGCGGUGGCGGCGGCGGUGGCGCGCGCAGGGGCGCCAGCGCCGCCGGGGCCAGGCCCAGACACAGGCCCGGCCCGGCUCUGCGCCUCCGCUCGACACUUGUUCUCCUGCCCACGACUUUAUCGUUUUAGAGCGGCGGUCGGCGGCCACUCGCUGCGCGCGUCCGUGUCGCCGCUGCCCGCAGCCCACUUUCUUCCCGGCCCGGCGCUGGGCGAGGAAAGUGCGUUGCGGAAACUACAGCCCUCCGCGCUCGCCGCUCAGAAUUUCCUGCCACGUUUCUUCAAAGGCACUUCAGACCAACAUACGACGAAUAAAUUCCGCACACUCCUCAAACUUACCACAUGGGCUGUGCGUCAUCGCCAGCUCGUUCGAAUCUCCCUCCACGCAGCCCCGCGGCGUGCCCUGGCCGCGCAUGCGCCGAGCGACAGCGGCGGCGGGUGCGCGCGCACCAGCGCUCCCGGCGGCGGCUCCCAGCCCCGCGCCCGAUUCCGCUUCUCCCCCCGGCGCCCGACCGAACCCAUGUCAUUGGCAGCACUUGUGCGCAUGCCUGUGACGUCACAUCACACGCCUGCCCGCUUGCUUGCGUGUCGUCGGGACGGGUGCGCGGGGCGCAUCCGGAGAGCGGAGAGGGGAGGCGCGGGAGGGGAAGGGUGGGGAGGGGAGGGGAAAGGCCCGGGCGGAGAGCGGCCGGACAAAAAGGCAGCCCCGCGCAACGCCGGCCGCGCAGCGGGGGGCCUGCCCCCACCCUGCCGCCCCGCACGGCCGCGCGGGGGAAGUGAAGAGGGGGCAGCGGUCAUCCAUGACCAACAUCUCUGUUCAUGGAGUAUUGCUGCAACUGUUGUCUGUUCUGCUUGCUUAAAUUAUCGUUGCAGAUUGUUUCAAAAAUAUCCGAUGGAUGAUAACUCAAAGAAUGUUCCGGAGGGGAUAAACAACGUCGGCCGAGCAUUGCCCAUAGAGAAUGCUUCUUGGAAAACCUUUCAUCUUCCUGCCCUAAAU